AUGGAAAAGUUCCUUCUCCAAACAAAGUGUGUUUUCCUAAAGAGUUUCUAUUAGAAUCUAAGGGUAAAUAAAUUCAUUCCAAAUUUAUUGGUACCAUUUUUAUGUGGUUUAAUAUUUUGGUUAUCUUACUUUGAUUCACUUAAGUUUCUAAUGUAUUCAUAAACUUUGUAAUUAAUAUUGUACUUAUUUUAAGUUACAUGCCAUUAGCCAUUUGCGGAGUAAUUAGAAAUUAUUUAAUGAUGAUAGUAAAUGAAAAGAAAGAAAGGUAAAAAGAAAACUAAUUAAUAAUGGGAUUGAAAUUAAGUUCAUAUUACAUAGGAUGGAUAAUAUCAUGUAUAAUGUGGACUAGUAUUUGUGCAUCUCUCUACAUAGUAAUGAUAUCAAGUUUUGUCGCUUUGAAUUUGCACUACUUUGCAUUUUAUCAAUACAUAAUCUUUUAUAUUUAAUACAUGUGUUAUUCAUAUGCAAUAGUUGGAUAAAUGUUGAUGUUAAGUAGUUUCUUUUCAGAUGGACGAAAGGCUACUGAUGUAUAUGCUGUAGUAUAUAUGAUAAUUGUUUAUCUCUAUUAUUUUAAAGAUUGGUAAAAACAAAAUGAAUACACGGAAUUGCUAUUAUCAAUUUUCCCAUAAAAUUUGAUAGUUUAUUUUUGGUAUCAAAAAAUAACAUAAGCUCAAAUAUCAAUUAGCUAUAUACAUACUUUAAUUGUUUUUUGUAUUCAAGGAACAAUAGGAAUACUUUUCUAUGUCUAUUUAGAUCAAAUAAUACCUGAUGCUAUUGGAAUUCAUAAGUCUCCUUUUUUUAUAUUUUAAUGUUUAUUUCGCAAAAAGAAAAGUUAAGUGGAAAUAUUUGAAUAAGAUUUAGAAUUAUAAUAAUAGAAUAGUUUAGGAUCUGGGUUACUAAAUCCUUAAUAUUAAAUAUAGUCAAUUGAAGCAAAUGAAAAUUAGGUUAUUAAAUUAAAUUAGUUAACGAAGGUAUAUAAUGGAUAAUCAGUAGUAAAUAAACUUAAUCUUAAUUUGAAUAAGAAUACUAUCUUUAGUCUUUUAGGUCAUAAUGGAGCAGGUAAAUCAACAACAGUUAAUAUGAUAUGUGGAUUAAUUUAGAAAACUACUGGUUAGAUACUUAUAAAUGAAUUCGACAUAGAUAAAAAUUUGGAUGAAAUCAGAUAGAUAUUAGGAUAUUGUUCAUAAAAAGAUGUGUUAUAUUCAGAAAUGACAGUUUAUGAUCAUCUUUAAUUUUAUGGUCGAUUGAAAUUAGUAAAUUAAUUACAAUUAUCUGGAUAAAUUGAGUAUGUUAUAUAAAUAUGUCACCUUUAAUAAGAGAAACAUUAACUUGCAUAAUAUUUAAGUGGAGGAGGUAAGAGAAAACUAUGUUUAGCUAUUGCUUUGAUGGGAAAUUCUCAAGUUUUACUUUUAGAUGAACCUACUACAGGUUUGGAUCCAAUUAGUAGAUAAUAAAUAUGGAAUAUACUGAGAGAGAUCAAAUAAGAUAGAUGUAUAAUUUUAACUACCCAUUAUUUGGAUGAAGCAUAAGAAUUAUCUGAUUAUGUUGGUAUUAUUUAAUAGGGCAAAUUAACUGUUUUUGGAACUGUGGAUUAUAUAAAAAGAUAAUUCUCGGUAGGUUAUAAUAUUGUAAUUGAAUGUCAAAAUGAAUUACAUUAAAAAUAAAUUUAAGAUUAAAUUUAAGCUACUUUAAAUUUGAUUUGUAAAAAUGAAAUUUCCUUCAUUCCUUAAAAUAGAAAUCUUAAAUUAAAUAUUCCUCUAAGUAAUAGCAAAAAUGUUGCCUCUGUUUUAGAAUAUUUAGAGACUGUUUAGAAUAUAAAUAUGUCAUUUGAAAUGACUACACUUGAAGAUGCUUACAUUAAAAUUCAUACUUAAUCUGAUUGGGGUAACAAUCAAAUUGAUACAAACAAUAAUGUUUUAUUUAAUAAUAUGUUCUUUAAUUUUACACCUCAUUUUAGCUUUAUAAAAUAAGUAUAAGGCUUAUUUAUGAGAAGAAUUUGGAUAUCUGAAUAAAAUAAAUGGUAAUAUUUAAUGUUUUUAAUUGCUUGGAUUUUAUUGUUAGGAGUAUUUUUUGGCUUUGAAAACAUUGAUCAAUAUAUCAUACUUACGUUGUAUGUUCUGAUCAAGUUAAUAUUCAUCAGUCAGCAAUCCUACUAUCCUAUAUAUGAAAAAUAGCAUAAAAUCAAAGAUUCAUAUUUAACACAUGGGGCUAAGAUAAUAUCAUAUUGGACAUCAAUAUUUCUAUUCGAUUUAGUUGUGAUAGUCUUUGAAUAAUUUAUUUUUAUGAUGUUCUUUCUCAUAGCCAAAUAAAUUGGUGGAAAUAGAUAGGAUCGAGAUUACAAUAUACUUACUUAUAUCAGUAUAGUAUUUGUAAAUACAAUAUUCUCACUUGCUCUUAAUUGUUAAACUUAUGUAGCAACUUAUUUCUUUCAAAAUACUAAUUCUUCAAAUGUAUAAUUACCAUUUCUUAUACUCAUAUUCUAAUUUCUUGGAAUGGUGGUAUUUGAAUUCUUAUUUUAAAAAUAUAGUUUUACUGGAAUUAUUGUUCCACUUAUAUAACUUUUAUAAGGAUAUACAUAGAUUCUAUCUGAAUAUUAUCUUAAAACCUUAUUUGAAACUUAGAUAAAUUCAUUUAUUUCUAUUUUAGUGUUUUUCUUUAUUAUUAAUUUUUUAGAAUACCGUCAAAUCUAAAGAAAAUCAAGCAAUCAAAAUAUUUAAGGGAAUCUUGAUGUAAAUUAAGUUACUUAUAAAAUUGGAAAUAGAACUAUCUUAGAUAAUAUUGAUUUUUCAAUAGAACCUCACGAAAUAUUUGGACUUCUUGGACCGUAAUUAUUUUUAUAAUAUUUAAUAUUUUUAGUAAUGGAGCAGGCAAGACAAGUACAUUUAAAAUGAUUACAAGAGAAUGUAUACCAGAAUUAGGGUUUGUGGAAAUUAAAAAUGAAUCUACUUAAGUUGGAUUGGUUCCUUCCUUUUCACCUUUACAUGAAGAUUUAUCUUUAGUUUAACAUCUUAAAAUCUAUGGUUUACUUAAAGGAUUAAAUUCUGAUUAAAUUAAUAAAUUUAUUGAAAGCUAUUGUUCAUAUAUGGAUUUAAACAAAAUAGAAAAUAAAAAAGUUAAAGUUCUGAGUGGAGGAGAAAGAAGAAAAGUUUAAAUGGGAAUAGCUUUAAUUGGAAAUUCUUCAAUAUUGCUUAUGGAUGAACCAACAAGUGGAGUAGAUCCAGUAUUUCGUUAAUAAUUCUAAUAAUUAAUAUUGAAAAAUUGUUCAUAAAAUUAAAGUUCCAUUUUAAUUACUACUCAUUCAAUGACAGAAGCAUAAAGAAUUUGUGAAACCUUAGGAAUUAUAAUAAAUGGUUAAUUAAAGUUUAAAGGAACUUUAAAUUAAUUAAGAUAACAAUAUGAUAAUAGAAUAUAAUUAAGUUUCAAUUUAAAAAAUAAAGAAGACAAAGAUUAAUUAAGAGAAUUAAUUGUUUAGAAUUUAACAAAAAAUAUAUUUGAACCUUAAACAUCAAGUGAAAAUAAUUUAACAGUUUUUGUUGAUGAUCAUUCAAUAAAAUUGUCAUAACUUUUUAGAUUUUGUUUAUUAAGGCAAGUUGAUAAUAUAAUUAAUGAUUUUGAGAUAUAAUAAGCCACUUUGGAUUAAAUUUUUAAACAUUAUGUAUCAUAACAAUAGAUAAAUGAUUUCCCAUAAUAGAUAGUAGAAGUUUAGGAGAGAAGAAAUUUUCUAGGAAUAUGUUGUUGUUAAAUCUGA